UGCGCAUUUCCCCGGAAGCAAGAUGGCGGCCCCCAGCGGAGGCUUCUGGACUGCGGUGGUCCUGGCGGCCGCGGCGCUGAAGUUGGCGGCCGCUGUGUCCGAGCCCACCACCGUGCCAUUUGACGUGAGGCCCGGAGGUGUCGUGCAUUCCUUCUCCCAGGACGUAGGACCCGGGGGCAAGUUUACAUGCACAUUCACCUAUGCUUCCCAAGGAGGGACCAACGAGCAAUGGCAGAUGAGCCUGGGGACAAGUGAAGACAGUCAGCACUUCACCUGUACCAUCUGGAGGCCCCAGGGAAAAUCCUACCUCUACUUCACACAGUUCAAGGCUGAGUUGCAAGGUGCUGAGAUCGAGUAUGCCAUGGCCUAUUCCAAAGCUGCAUUUGAGAGAGAAAGUGAUGUCCCCCUGAAAAGCGAGGAGUUUCAAGUGACCAAGACAGCAGUGUCUCACAGGCCUGGGGCCUUCAAAGCUGAGCUCUCUAAGCUGGUGAUCGUAGCCAAGGCGGCACACUCGGAGCUGUGACCUCCCCUUGUCAUGGCCUUCAUGACCCCUUUCUUCAGACACACUUGCCUGGACACUGGUCCUAUAGGAGCUGACACCGCCCUGCUCAGGUCACAUAGUGUCAUCCCACAGAACUCUCUGAGCCCUGUCACCCAUUCCCCCAGGGAAGGUGCAGGACAUGUGGGGGGUGGAAUGGACAGACUUCCUGGCUUUCUUCAAGUCAAGACGUCGGUGUGGUCUCCCCUCUGAGCCACAGAUGGUUAUCUCCAUCCCAGGACCACUUUCUAACCCCACCCAGGGCAGCUCCACUCAGAAGGAUGGGAAAAGAUAGAACAAAUAACCACCUUAGCAGAGGCUCUGUGGGGUCAGACUCAGACACGGAUUUUCACCAUUUUGUACAGUAGCAGCAGGUGCAGGCACGUGGCCUCUCCUAAUAAUGCCACAUAGGUGCCAGCACAGUGGGUCACAAGGCAGCCAAGGACUUUGCACCCACAAGGACUCGUCACUCUCCUGAGACACCAUGUUGCCUUGAAUCCGCACUGUGUUCUCUAGCACUAGGACCACAGGGCAAGGCCACUGUCCCCACAGAUGCUGGCUUCGGGUGGGCUUUUAAAGUCAGAUGGAAGCAA